AUCUAACCAAAACACGAAAUGGGAAGAUAAUGUAGGAAUACUAAAAUGAUGUCUUGUAUCCAACUCCCGUGAUUCGUAAAGAUGAUGGAAUACAACUUGUUGGAGGAUAGGGACAAUACUGUAAGAGAAUUACAAAGUUAUCUCAAAGAAUGCCAGAAUGAAGUUACACAUAUCCUGGAGUAUGUAGGAUGGACACCAGAGCACUUUAUAAAGCAAGAUGAUAUCGUUUCAUGUUCAUUUGACAGCAGUCACAGAAUGCCCAGGAAAGAUCUGACAAAACAUGAAGAAAAAUGUGAACUAUUGUUUGUUGGAUACAGAAAAGAAGACUUGGCUGAUGUUAUUGGAUAUACACAAGACCCAACAAGUAGCAGUGUACACAUUGACAGAGAAACAAUGAACAGAGUAUUAAGAGACCACCAUGUACAGAAUCAUUCAAUAUUUUUUGCACAAGAUAAAGUACCUUUGACCCCAAAUGAGGUGACAGUUCAAUUGACGCCAGCUGAGAGAGCAGCUAUUCACAACUAUGUAGUGGAGAAAGCUAAGAAUGAGAGGAGACUGAACAGCCAUGAAUCAGAUCAGUUCUUAUCCACGGAUUUACAAGACAUGGUCAAGCAAAAAGAUGCAUUGGAUAGAAACAAGCCUAAAAGCUAUAUGGAAUACUUGGCACAACAAAGAGAUUAUAAACGAAGAAGGCAAUCUUACAGGGCAAAGAAUGUACAUAUUACAAGGAAAUCUUACACUGAGAUUAUCAGGGAAGUGAUAGAAAAUCAGACAGAAUAUGUGGCCAUGUUAAGACAAGAAGAAGCUGAAGCAAAACCAAGUAGGCUAGAAGAAAAACAAGAUGAGUCAGAUGAAAUAGAGGAUGAAGAAAAAGAGGAUAAAAAUAAGGAACACAGAGGAAGAAGUAAAGUGAAAAAGAAGAAGAAGCAUAAGAAGCACAAACAUAAACACUCAAAUAGAUCUGCUUCUAGGUCAAGGAGUAGGUCAAGGUCUGAAAGUAGAUCAAGAUACAGGUCAAGGUCAAGGCAAUAGUCAUACAUUGUAUGUCAUAUAGCUCACUUGCUACCAUUGAACAUAAAUGUCAUUGUCAUCAGGUUUUUUUUGUUUGAAGGGUAACUUUAAAAGGAUGUUUGCUUUAUAGAAACUGUAAGAAAACAUGAAUUGACAUGGGUUAUAGAUUGAAUUAUAUUUGAUUGUUUUUAAAUAAAUUUUCAAUAAAUAUCUUGCAGAAACCAUCCGAUAAUGUGGAAUUCUUCUGAAAAUAUAAGUGACUCUUAUUUCUUCCUCAUUUAACAUUUUUGCAGCUUAAACAAAUUUGUGAAAGCAACAUAAAGGAAUUUGUGCAAUAGGCCAAGGGAAGACCUAUCAGAGGCAAUCUUAUGGUAUUUGUUUCAAGCAAAUGGUUGAACCAAGACCAGAAUUUGAAUCUUCAAUUAUAAAUUGAUUAUUUAUUCCCCUUCCCUGAAAAUAUUUCUAGUUUC